UCCGAGGAGUAACCGGGGAGAAAUUCCAGUCCCUCGCGGUAUUUUACAAAGAAGAAGCAAGAUGGCGGAAUACAAGGGAGCCUCACGAGAGGGCCAAAGAGCCCAAAACCUGUUAAAAAAGCGUGAGAAAAUGAAGGAAGACAUGGAAGCUAGGAGAAAAAAGAUCGCCGAGGAUAACAAAAUUGGCGACAUUACCAGCAAAUUUUCCUCUCAGUAUGAUGUGGUAGAACAACAACUGAAAGCUAGCACUAUCGGUUUGGUUACUCUUGAUGAGAUGAAAGCCAAGCGUGAGGUUUUGGUGCGAGAGCAUGAGAAACUUUUGGCAGCUCAGCUAAAAGGGGAUGAGGAAGAGAAUAAAAAAUCUAAGAAGGAAAAAAAACGAGAAAAGCAGAAGCAGGCAGCAGCCCUUUCUUUUGCCCUAGAGGAAGAUGAAGAGGAGCAAGAAGAAAUUCCAGUUCCUGUCAAGAAAAAGAAGCCUGGCAAGAAUCCAGAAGUUGAUACAUCUUUUCUUCCCGACAGAGAAAGAGAGGAAAAAGAAAGAGAAGAAAGAAAACAACUUGGCCAAGAAUGGCUUGAGCGCCAAGAGAGAAUAAAAAAUGAAGAUGUACAGAUCACCUACAGCUAUUGGGAUGGAUCAGGGCACAGGAGGACAUUAACUAUGAAAAAAGGCAACACAAUAGCACAAUUCCUGCAAAGAUGUAUUGAACAGCUUCGGAAGGAUUUCACUGAGUUCCGGGCCCUCACGACAGAAAACCUCAUGUACGUCAAGGAAGAUCUUAUCAUUCCACAUCACCACACAUUUUACGACUUCAUCAUUAACAAGGCGCGAGGAAAGAGCGGGCCACUUUUCAGCUUUGAUGUCCACGAAGAUGUGCGCAUGAUCAAUGACGCCACCGUAGAAAAGGACGAGUCUCACGCGGGUAAAGUAGUCCUCAGGGGCUGGUACGAGCGUAACAAACACAUAUUUCCGGCCAGCCGUUGGGAGCCAUACGACCCUGAGAAAAAAUGGGAGAAAUACACGGUGUCUGAUGGCCCGAAACCAGUGUGACCGCCUGCCGACAUCAUUCAAGAUCUCCGAGGCGUGGUUGACCCACAGGUCACGUACAGGACGAGAGAGCUGUGGUGCCUCUUCUCACCGCACUACGCCCGUGGGAUCUUACACCGUGACAAUCGGUGGCCACACUUCCACGUCUCGGCCAUAAGGAGAGACAGGGGUGGUGACAUAGUGGCAUUAUUCAGGCUAUGGGAAGUUGGCAUUCUUCUCUUUUAGGAUUGAAUAACCCUCACGUAUGUACAGUAGACGUGCGUAAUACGUGUAUCGGCUUUAACGCGCAGAAGUAUGCAUAACUUAUGAGUAGCACGGAAAGAAUAAAGUUUUUUUCUGUUCUAUUUAGACGCCA